AGAACAAGCAGCAGAGGAAGAAGAAGAAGGUUUGUCGCGCCGUCAGACUUCAAAUGAAAACCUUUUGGCUUGAGCCGCUCCUCCUGAAGACCCCCUCAUUUCUCCGAAAUGUCCAAACUGGAGCAAAGCCACUGUGAUGGAAAACGUCCCCCGCCGGUUAAAGUCCUGUCCGGUCAGCUAAGAGCGGCGGGGAUCCGGGGGGCCGCUGACAGCGGGGAGGGAUACCUGAUCAGAGCGGGCAAGGGUCGCACUCUGCGGGUGUCUCUCGUGUGGAUGCAGGGCACCGUGCUGGAGGUCCAGCUGUACAGUAACACGGUUCUGCUGAUGGACGAGACGGGGACCUUCAUGGUCCAGGGCGUUAACAGCAUUCCCAAAGGGAAACCAUGUUUGCUCCCAGGUAAAUAUGUAAUGGUGAUGGGCGUCAUCCAGGCCGUUUCCCCGGAGCCAGUUAUCCGCGCUGUGAAGAUGGCAGACCUCUCAGAGUUUGCUGCACUCCACAGGAAAAUGUGGAAGUUGGAGGUGGAGGAGCUGCAGCAGAUACUGGCAUGAAUCCUGGGCUGAUUAUGUGGACUUCUGACGUACAACUACGGGUACAGAGCAACUUAGAAGUUCCCACAUCUCCAAUGUUCUGUAUCAAGUUUGUAAAUAUUUUUAUUGGAAGGGAUGUAUAUUUAAACUUCAUAAAACUGUUUUCAAAUAAAAGAUAAAAGUAUUUUA